GUAGUACUGGCCUUUAAAGCUUAUUCUUCAUUGAAAAAUUGCAACAAUUAUACUUUUGUGCUUCUUAAGUUAUAAUAAAGUAUUUUUCCUUUACUAAUUGGAUUUUAUAGAACCUUGAAUAGUCAGUUUUUACUGUUGAAUUCUUUGACAACCAUAAAAAUAUUUAUUAUUUAACAAGAUGGAAAAUAACGAACCAAAUAUGCAUGCUUACACAGGUGUAAUGAUGAAAAAAGCACAUUUAGAUUGGGAAAUGGAAUGUCUCCAAACAAAAAUAAAAUGUAAAAAUGAAGAAAAUUCUAAAUUGGAAAAUCAGAUAUCUGAACGUAAAAAUGAGUUAGAAAAAUUGAGAAAAAGUGUCAACACAUCUUGCGAAAGAGAAGAGAAAGUGAAAAAUAAUAUUAAUAUGCUGAGGAAUUCAAGAACUAUAUCAGAGGGAUUAUUGAUGUCCAUGAAACAUCAGCUAAGGACACUAGAAGAAAAGAGAAAUGAUACUAAAAAUGUUCGAAAAAAUAUUCUAGAAAAAUACUCAAAAUUAUUUGAAUCUCAUACCAAAAUUUAUUCGAAUCUACCUUGGGUAAAGAAAAUAAAUGAACUUAAAACGUCUGUAAAAAGUAGACAAAUUCAUUUAGACAUUUUGAAGAUGGAAUAUUCAUCGAUUAAAAGAAAAAAUUCUUUAUUCCACAAAAUUCAAGAUAAGAGAAAAUUGGUUGCCAUAACACGGUUAGCUAAAAGUCUUGUAGCACGCAACAAUUUGCAGAAAGAAGUAGAAGACCUUAUCAGUAAACAAAAGACGUUUCAGUCAAGAAUAAUAUUAUUAGAAGAAGAAAAAAUUAAGUUCCAGGAAAAGAUUGAUCUUAAAGUAAAGGAAGCAUUGGAUGAGGCUAGAGGGAGAGUUGUUAAAAAGCAUGUAGGAGAAAGUAUUGCUGAAAAACAUACGAUCGUUACAGCACCUUCAGAUAAGAUAACAUCGCUUGGAACUAAUUUGAAACCAACAAAUGAAAGCAUAUUUUCUCGUUUGGGCCUGUCUGUUCUUCCUUCAAUGAAACGUCUUUUAACACCCUCUUCAAGAGUUUUGAACAGAGUCAAUAGCCUGAUGGAAGAACAGUCAAAGAAGGAUGUUUCAGGAACAGAGAUCAGUGGAGUUCAAGAAAAGUCUUUAACAUCAGAAGUACAAAAGGAAAAACAAACAAUGGAAGAACAGGUAAGAGUUUUAGAACGUACGCAUGUCUUGAAGGAAGAUCAUCCAAAGAAGAAGUAUGUCCCAGUAACAGAAAAAAUAAAUAGAGCUGAAGAUAAGUCUUUAAUGCCAGAAGUAAAAAAGGACAAACAAAUGAUGGAAGGAAAGGCACUAAAACGGCCUUCAACUUCUUUGUCAAACGUAUCAGAAAAAAUACCUCAUUUGAUGGAAGUUACACAGAAGAAUAAAACUCCUGCUGAAGAAAGUGUACAUUUAGGUCAAGAAAAAUGUCAACCUUCACCAAAUAAUGGAUGCGUGUCUAAUAAUGAGAAAUCAGAAAUAACGCAACAAGCGACAGCCUCUGAACCUACCAGUGCUAGUAAGUUAACAAUACUGACUGAAGAAACUGAAAACAAAAGGAAUACUAACCAAAAUGUUGACAAAAAUUUGAAGAAUAAAGAAAAGAAGGAUUCAAAUUCAGAAUCGGCACUAUCUGUUCAAAUAUCAGAAAACCCGAAGAGCAAUAUUCCUGGAAAUGAUCAAAAUGCAGUUAUGCCUGAAGAAUCGUUAAGAGAUGAUGAUAAUGAACUAAGAAGUAAUAUUCCUGAAAAACAUGUUACAUUUGUCAACCCUUCACAAGAAAUACCAACUGAAAAGGAGAAUACAGCCACAAAUGAGACAUGUGGAACCUCCAGAAAAAGCAUCACAGGAAAGAAGUAUAACAAAUGAAGCAGAAAUGAAUGAUUCUAACUUAUCAAUGCUUGAUAAUAUUUCUGUGGUAUCGUCUACAUUCACCAAUGAGAUUAGAAAUCAGAUGACUAAAUCUCCUGAUUUCUUGAAUCAGAUUCCUCAAGGAUAUUGUUUCAGCCCACUUUAUAGUCCCUCAAAAGCAGACAAUAUUUCUGAGGUUUCUUCUGUUAAAGGUACAAAAUCACCUUCUAACAAUUUCCCAGCUACAUCAAUUGCUUCUCCUCUUUUUUCUAUGGAGGCUCAGCCUACAGCCGGACCUUCAUCAGAUUUUUCAAGUUUUUUUGGCACUUCUUCUCCCAAGAAAAGUGAAAAUUCAUCCAAAAAUUUUUUCCAGCUCUUUGGUUGACUUUGGAUCAAACAUGAAAAUAUGAUGUUUAACUUACAAGUAGAUUUGAACCAAUAUUCAACCAAGCCAGAUGAGGGUUACCUUGAGGUGGUUGUAUUGCAAUUAGUUCCUGAGCCUGACUCAGAGAUGGUUGAAGUCUAUCAUUGGCAGAUACUGCUGAGUCAUCUCCGUUCACUCCUGUUAUGGUUAACAUCUGCUCUUCUAAAACUUCUCUCAGCACCUAAGCAAAGGAAAUAAUUUUGAAUACACACUGAAAGGGGUAAUUAUUUUCUAGCCCAGUUAGAUAAACAAAUAACAAAAUAAAUGUUAAAAAUACAAUUUAUUAGUUUGGAUGUACUUAGAAGAACUUUACCUAAACAACAUACAGAAUCUCUACCAUUUAGUUCACUAUGAAAACAUUUUUAAUGAACAAGUUUUCUAUUGAUAAAUAUUUUACCAUGAAAUAAAAAACUUCAUAAUAAUAGUGUUAAAUUGAAAUUAUUUUUUAAAUCAUGGUUUAUAAAAACAAAAUGAUACAUUUCAAAGAUAAAAAUCUGAGUUAAAUAAUGUUAUUACCAAUAAUUAAAUUUAAAUUAGGUAAUCACUUUUACUUUUAGUAACCUUUAAG